AUGGACGGCAUCGACUGCGCGCUCUGUCGUUUCCGCCAACAGACACCCGAAGACCCCCUGCACUUUGAACUCCUCACCUACGACGAGGUGCCCCUCGAGCAGACCAUCAAGAAGCGCGUCAUGAACAUGAUUCUGCACAACACCACCACGCCAGAGGAGCUCUCCGAGGUCAACGUCCUCCUGGGCGAGACCUUUGCCGAUGCCGUCAAGGUGUUCUGCAAGAGAAACAACGUGGACCUCCAAAACACCGUCGAUGCCAUUGGCUCCCACGGACAGACCAUCUGGCUGCUGAGCAUGCCCGAAGAGGGCCAGACACGCUCCGCACUGACCAUGGCCGAGGGCUGCUUUCUCGCCGCACGGACGGGCAUCACCACGGUUACGGAUUUCAGGGUGUCAGACCAGGCAGCUGGUCGUCAGGGCGCGCCGCUCAUCGCCUUCUUCGACGCCCUCGUCCUGCAUCACCCGACCAAGCUGCGCGCCUGCCAGAACAUUGGCGGCAUAGCCAACGUCUGCUUCAUCCCGCCCGACGGUCACGGCAAGCUCAACGACGGGUUCUUCGAUUUUGACACGGGUCCCGGCAACGUCUUCAUCGACGCCGCCGUCCGCUACUUCACCAACGACGAGCAGGAGUAUGACAAAGACGGCGCCAUGGGCAAGGCCGGCACGGUGGACCAGGCGCUUGUGGACGAGUUUCUCACGACGCACCCCUACUUCCGCAAGGAGAUCCCCAAGACGACAGGCCGCGAGGUCUUCCGGGACACCAUCGCGCACGACCUCAUCAAGCGCGGUCUCGCCAAGGGCCUCACGCAGAACGACAUUGUGGCCACCAUCACCCGGAUAACCGCCCAGGCCAUCGUGGAGCACUACCACCGCUACAUGCCCACCGCGUACGGACCGCUGGCUGAGAUCUACAUGUGCGGCGGGGGCGCCUACAACCCCAACAUCACAGAGUACAUGCAGGCGGCCUUUCCCGAUACGCGCAUCGUUCUCCUCGACGAGGCGGGUAUUCCAGCCGGGGCCAAGGAGGCCAUCACGUUCGCCUGGCAGGGCAUGGAGGCCAUUGUCGGCCGCAGCAUCCCCGUCCCGAACCGCGUCGAGACACGGCAGGAGUAUGUCCUCGGCAAGGUCAGCCCCGGCGCGAAUUACCGCCAUGUCAUGAAGAAGGGUAUGAACUUUGGCGGUGAUCGGGAUCACAUCAGUCCUGUGAGGGAGAUUGUCAACUAUGUCGACGGAAAGGUGUUUGAUAACAAGACGUGA